CGGCGGGGGCGGCUGCAGGGCUCCCCGCGCCUGCCCCGCUGCUGCGGGCCCUCCCGGCCCCGACCCGUCCGCUACGGCUCCCCCUGCCCCGCCGGCUUUGGCACAGCCUCCCCCGGGCACCCCCGACUCCUCCCCGGCCAUCGACCCCGCUCUCCCACCUCCCCUCCUCCGCCGGCAUCCACCCCCUCCCCGCGCAUCCAUCCCCCGGGAAUCCAUCCCCCCGUCCCCGGGUAUCCCGGGGGAGCUGGCGGGGCCGGCGGCGGAGCGCGGGGCUGGGGAUGCGGAUCUGCCCAUGGUGAGCCGCCGCCGAACCCCCCCGCACCAUGCCCCGGCCCCGGAGAGGAUGUUCGAGGGCUGCCGGAGGGCGAGGAGCCUUUGGGGCGGCGUGAGGCUGGAGGUGGCCGGGGAGAGCAGCCCCGUGGUGCUGCACAGCUUCACCCAGCUCGACCCCGACCUGCCGCCGCUGGAGAGCUCCACACAGGAGAUUGGAGAAGAGCUGGAGGAUGGUGUGAUCUACAGCAUAUCCCUCCGGAAAGUGCAGCUCCAUCACACGGCCAACAAAGGGCAGCGAUGGCUGGGGUUUGAGAAUGAGUCAGCCUUGAACCUCUACGAGACAUGUAAGGUACGGACGAUAAAAGCUGGGACCUUGGAGAAGCUGGUGGAGUACCUGGUCUCAGCCUUCAAGGGCAAUGACUCCACCUAUGUCACCAUCUUCCUGUGCACUUACCGGGCAUUUGCCACCACCAAGCAAGUGCUGGACCUGCUGCUUAACAGGUACGGCAAACUCCACGUACAGGCGAAUGGGGACCACGCCAGGCAUGCUGUGGAUGAGAGGAUGGAGCUGAAGAACACCAUCUCCUCCAUCCUGGGUGCCUGGCUGGACCAGUACUCAGAGGACUUCCGCAAGCCCCCGGACUUUGCCUGCCUCAAGCAGCUCAUCUCCUACGUGCGCCACAACAUUCCCGGCUCCGACCUGGAGCGCCGAGCACGCAUCCUGCUAGGCCAGUUCCAGCAGCAAGAGCAGAGCGAGUCCGAAGCAGAAGCUGUGGACCAUGGUGGCUGCACCUUCCAGCUGGUGGAGGAGAAUGGGGUUGGGGAAGGAAAGCCAGAUUUCCUCUCCUUCUCCCCAGAGAUGGUGGCAGAACAGUUCACACUGAUGGAUGCUGAGCUGUUUAAGAAAGUGGUGCCUUACCACUGCCUGGGCUGCAUCUGGUCCCAGCGAGACAAGAAAGGCAAGGAGCACCUGGCACCCACCAUCCGUGCCACGGUCUCACAGUUCAAUAGUGUGGCCAACUGUGUCAUUGCCACGUGUCUCGGGGACCGGUCCCUGAAGCCUCAGCAGAGGGCUAAAGUGGUGGAGCGGUGGAUCGAAGUGGCUCGGGAAUGCCGCAUCCUGAAGAACUUCUCCUCCCUCCGGGCCAUCCUCUCGGCUCUGCAGUGCAACGCUGUUCACCGGCUGAAGAAGACCUGGGAUGAGGUCCUGAGGGAGAGCUUCCGCACUUUCCACGAGCUUUCUGAGAUCUUCUCUGAUGAGAACAACCACUCGCUGAGCCGGGAGCUUCUUAUCAAGGAGGGCACGUCCAAAUUUGCCACCUUGGAGAUCAACCCCAAGAGGGCUCAGAAGCGGCAGCAGCAGCAGCGAGAGAUGGGUGUGAUGCAGGGCACCAUUCCUUACCUUGGCACUUUCCUCACGGACCUGGUGAUGCUGGACACUGCCAUGAAGGAUUUCCUGGAUGGCGGGCUGAUCAACUUUGAGAAGAGAAGGAAGGAGUUUGAAGUCAUUGCCCAGAUCAAGCUGCUUCAGUCAGCCUGCAACAACUACAGCUUCACACAGGAGGACCAGUUUGUAGACUGGUUCCACAGCCUGGAGCGGCUCAGCGAGGCCGAGAGCUACGGGCUGUCGUGUGAGAUCGAGCCGCUGUCAGAGUCAGCCAGCAACACCUUGAAGGCGAAGAAAAACACGGGCAUCAUCAAGCGAUGGAGCGACCGGCAGCCGCCGAGCACUGAGCCCUGCGCCAGCGGCAGCUCCCACUCGAAAUCCUUCGACCAGCUCAAGUGUGGGCAGUACCUGUGCAGCGGGGACGCCACCGACUCCGUCAGCGUCACCUCUGCCGGCUCCAGCAGCUCCGAUGUGGAGGAGAUCAACAUCAGCUUCAUCCCCGAGUCCCCCGACUGCCAGGAGAAGAAGGUACGGGGCAGCUCGCGGGGUCCGGGCCUCCGGAGGCAGGUCAGUGAGAUCCCUCUGGCCUCCCUCCCCCAGCGCUGGUACGCCCCGUCUGUGGCCGAUGGAGAAGCUAAAACCACUGUGUCCUCCGCAUCCCCUCUCCUCCCUGCCCUCCAGUUUUGGGAGUCCACCUCCCUCUCCUCCCUGGACACAUCGGGCAUCGGCUCGGGCUCCAGCAGUGCCUCUUCCUCCUCUGUCUCCUCCACGCCGGUGACGGCCUCUCGCACCCACAAGCGCUCGGUCUCCGGCAUCUCCAGCUACUCCUCCCUCUCGCUUCCCCUCUACAACCAGCAGGUCGACGACUGCUGCAUCAUCCGUGUCAGCCUGGCUGUGGACAACGGCAACAUGUACAAGAGCAUCCUGGUGACAAGUCAGGAUAAGACGCCGGUUGUUAUCCGCAAGGCCAUGGCCAAACACAACCUGGAUGGAGACCGGCCUGAAGACUACGAGCUGGUUCAGAUCAUCUCAGAGGAGAGAGAGCUGAAGAUCCCAGACAACGCCAACGUCUUCUACGCCAUGAACUCCGCCGCCAACUACGACUUUGUGCUGAAGAAGCGGGGCUUCUCCAAGGGGGUGAAGAUCAAGCACGGCUCCAGCUCCACCCUGCCCAGGAUGAAGCAGAAGGGCCUGAAGAUUGCCAAAGGCAUCUUCUAGCCACAGCCCCACUGCCCACCCAUCACCGACGGGGCCUUGGGGGCAGGUAGCUCCAGGCUUGGCUGCAGCCGGUCCUCGUGCCGCCUGGCACGGCAGGAGGAGCCGCCCUGGCCCACAGGGGCGGCCGUGGAUCUGCCCCUGCACCCAGAGCCAAGGGUGCUUUGGGAACCAGUGUCGGCCUCCACCUCUCUCUGCACAAACUCCCGUUUCAAUCAGGUCUUUUUUUCUACACAGGAAGGCAGCAAAGGGGGAUUUCUCUCUUUUCUUUUUCUUCCCCGCCCCCACCCCCCCCCUUUUUUUAACCUUCCACGGUGCAACACUAGUCCAGCCACCGGCCAGCCCAGGGCUGGAGCCCACCUCUGCCAUAGGUGCCUUGUGUCCGAGCCAGCCAGGGAGCUGGGACUGGCAGAGGGGCCGUUUGCAAGGAGCAGAGCAGGAGCUGUCACCCUGAGGCUGCAAAGCCUCCCACAUGGCAAGGGUGCUCUCCUUCCCAGCUUUCCUGGUGGUGUUUUCUUACCUCCAUGCCCUUCCUCCUUGGGAUAACUUGCAUUGCCACCACUGCACAUCUCUGCCUGUCCUUUCCCUUGGAAGAAGCCAUGGAUUCCCAGGGCUGGAGAGGAUGCAGCCCUGCAGCAGUGCUCAGAGCCCCGUGGAGAGCUGUGUCUGUGCCAUGAUGGAGGGGGCCCCUCGUGCUCUUGAUGACUGGAAGCCUGCGUGUUCUCGCUCCUCUCCCUGAUCCAGCAUGUCCUCCAGCUGGACUUAGAUGGCCUGUGUUCAAACCUGCACCAAAGAUCAAACACCAUUGUCUCUGCUACCAGGGGGGAGAAGCUUUGGGCUGUGCCCCCAGCGCUGCCAGCCUGUCCAGGAGGAGGAGAGUGAAGUUCUGCCUGAAUUUCUGUAAAUAGAGACCCUGGGUCUGCCAAGGUGGGUGAGGAGUCAGGGAGCUCCCAGGGCGCCCUGGGUGCCCCAGCUGCCACCACCUGACCCACAGAAGUGCCACUCACCUUGGGCUUUAACCAGACUUCUGCAAGCAUUGACCAUGGGAGAAGGAGCAAUGAGACUUUUUUUGUAUAAAACAAAAGUUUACUGAAUUUUUUUUUUUUUCAAUAUUUAUUGGUUGUAAAUAGAAGAGAUGAACUUGUACAUUUUACUAAUCCAGCCUCCCCCUGCCCUGCAGCCCAGUCCCUCUCCUCUCCCCGACCAGGUAUUUAAGGCUGCUGGGAGGGACGUUGGCAGCCUUGCUCUGCCGUGCUUGUGGGACACAGACCCUGCUGGCCACCCUGUCCUUUCUUCCUCUACUGCUAGUUGCUUGAGCAGGGGCAGAAAUGCUUGUUUUAAUCACUGUAGGAAACACUAACCGAAGGGGGACCUUUUUUUUUUUUUUUUUUUUUUGCUCCUGGCUCCAUCUCUGUGGGUUUUUUUAAGCGCUUCUUUCUAGCACAUCCUUUCUGUUGGUCUGUCCACGCCAGGCGGGGGCAGCACCUUUCCCCGGCUCCAGCAGCGGGGCCCGGGCAGCAUCUGGAGCUGCAGCGGCCACGUUCUGGGGGCUGGUGGCAGGAGCUGGGCUGUGGGACCCUGGCACCAGCUGGGGACGAGGCUGCUUGGCUGUGAGCGUGGCCAGCCCUGAGCUGCCGCAGCCCCGUGUCCCCUCGGGUGGCAUCGCCCGUCGCUGCACAUGAUGGGAACCCCUGGUUCCCUGACGCAGCAGCAGCCUCCAGCCUCCCACCCUGCCCAAAGCCCAGCCCCUGCCCCGGGGUCUUCCCUCUGCCCCCACCAUCCCCUCUCCCUCCCAACGGUGUCCCCCAGCAGCCCAGUGUCACCCGAGGGACUGGCUGUACCAUAUGUAUUUUGUACCACUUCAGUGAAGGAGCACACUGCCCGGUGUGACUUGUACACAGCAAUGUAAUUAGUCUUUGCAAUAAAAUACUGAUGCUCAGAUGUCUCUGCCCCAAUG